AUGAAUGUGGCAUUCCGCUCAGUACCGUCUUCCAUGUGGUAUACACUGCUUAUGUUAACAGGCGAGUUUCCCUUAGCGGACUUCACUUCACCUGGCAAGUGGGUGGCGGGUACAAUCGGUGUGCUUGCUGUAGCUCUGUUCGCUAUACCCACGGGUGUGUUGGGGGCUGGCUUUGAAGAGUGGGUGCAGGAUAAGGAGGAGGCGCGCGCGGAAGCUCUGGCGGAAGACAUGUGCUGUGAAGACUGUGGUGACAUCAUACGCACAACUAGUCCCAACGAACAAACAGGUGCAGCUAGCUAA